AUGAUCUCACUCGAAGACCCAGCGGCGCUCUGCGGAGCUUUGGCGGCAAUCGGGGUGCCGCUGCUCGUCUGGGCCUGGAACAAGCAUGUCCGCUACUGGUACUAUGCGGCAUGGCCCAUCGCCUACCCUGGCGACGUCGUGCCCAAUCGCCUGGAGAGGAGGGGCCGUUGGGAGAACAAGACCAGUGCGCUCCCCACAGGAUGGAAGUUCGCCUGCGCCCGAGAAUCCCACCAGCGAACCGAGGACAGGUGGGUCGAAACCGGGCUCAAGCUCACGGGAGAAGUCGCCGGAAGGCAGUCGUGGCACUGGUGUGGGACAGACGCCGGAGAUGACGCGUUGCUUGGUGCAGCAGAUGAAGCGCCGACCUUCAACCCAUCGGUCAAUCCCAACUCUGGCGAUAAGAUUUUUCGGGCUCAGCAGCUGCGGAAGUGGAAAGGGCCGCGGCCGGACGAGACGGGGACGCCAAAGGACGCGUUGGGUGCCGCCAAGAAGGGCUUCGCAUUUCAUCAGAUGCUGCAGUGCGACGAUGGCCACUGGGGAGGUGACUACGCAGGGCCCAUGUUCCUGAUGCCCGGUUUGAUCGUCGCCUUCUACGUCACGGGGACGCCGCUGGGCGAGGAAAGGAGGGCGGGCAUGGAGGCCUACCUGAGAAACCACCAGCAGGCUGACGGGGGCUGGGGCACCCACAUCGAGUGCGCGUCGACCAUGUUCGGUACAGUCCUGUCCUACAUCUCGCUGAGGCUUCUUGGGGUCUCGGUCGAGGAUGGCGCUUGCGCCAGGGGCCUCAAGUUCGUGAGGGAAAACGGCGGCGGGAGCAUGGCCCCUAGCUGGGCCAAGUUUUGGAUGGCCGUGCUGGGGGUGUACGAGUGGGAGGGCAUCAACUCCGUGCCCGCGGAGCUGUGGCUUCUCCCUCGCUGGUUCCCGUUCCACCCGUGGAGGAUGUGGUGUCACUCCAGGAUGGUCUACCUGCCCAUGAGCUACCUGUAUAGCACCAGGUUCACCCACGACGCGAAGUCUGACCCGCUGUGCAUGGCCUUGCGGGAGGAGCUGUACCUCAAGCGCUACGAAGAGGUGGACUGGGAUGCCAACCGGCACCUUUGCUGCCCCAUGGAUGCCUACUCGGAGCUGCACCCAGCCAUGCGCUUGCUGCAGAACUUGCUGGCUUUCUAUGAGCGGUGGCUGUGCGUGGGCCCGUUGAGUUGGCUCCGGAAGCGCGGCGCCGAGUUCGCCAUGGAGUACAUGAGGGCCGAAGACGAGCAAACAAACUCCAUCUGCAUUGGCCCGGUCAACAAGGCGUUCCACGUGCUCAUGUACGUUCCGCGUGCACCAGGGCGCAUGUUUUGCCGAGUUUCAAUCAAUCAAUCAAUCAACCGAUCAAGACGCCCUUUUUCGGCUGCACAUUAG